AUGCUGCCCAUCCAGCUCCCUUUGUUGUUCCGCGACACAGGCCAGGGAGGUAUACGCGUGUCGCUGAACAAGGUCCUUGCCGGCUUGAUCGAUCUGGUCACCACCCUUCAGAAACGGCUACAUGCGGGCGACAAGGCGCACUGCUGUGUGCCAGAAUCCAGUAGCCUUUCUUUCGGGACAUCAGAGACUAGCGUUGGAGAAGACAUCGAUGGUGGUGUUGUUCCUUGCCGGGCCACUCAGUCCCUAAAGAGGUGUUCUUACCCCGGCAAGAGGGGGUGUGAGCUCAUCGCGAUAGCAGGCUCUCAGUACUGUCAACUUCAUCACGUUGAGCCGUGCUCCAAUAAGGAACAACAACAACAAUGCGGAGAUCAUCUACGUGACGGCGUAGAUUUUCAUCAUCAGAAUCAGGAUUUGACCGAAGAGCGUGAUCAAAAGAAGUACUUCUCCCGCGAUUGCAACUGUGGUCCUAUGCUAUGCGUUGCGGACUCUGGAGGAAAGUUUACUUUUGUCUUGGUGACGAGCUGGUCGGACAAGGUGCCCUCAAGGGGCGCCUGCGAAGCGAUUGAAUCUCUUGGUCACAGUACCAGGGUGGAAGCAUCUAGAUGGGGCGGAGAUAAGUCAGCUGAGGAAGCCGCCGUUGGGCGGGUUGCCGCUCGGCUGAUUGACGCAGCUAGAUUUGCCUCAGUUGAGGAGUCUGAUGACUUCUCACUGUGGACAAGUGCUAAGACAUUCGAGCUCUGUUGUAGCACAGACACAGACGAUAAUUUUCUGCUCGAGUUCACCAUUGGGUCCAUCGGAGAUUAA